GAGGAGAUCGUCUAUUGAUUUAUUCCGCUUCGUGCGCAGUUCGUUCUCCGUCCCAUUGCCUGGCAACCACCACCUGUAACGUCGUCGUACCCUUUCGGUUUCUCCGACGGGAUCUUACAUGCGCUGUUCGUCGUUCCGAAACGGUCAGUAGCCCGUGCCCCGCCGAGACAUUCACCGCCGGAAAAUGAAACGGCCCGUCGCGCCGCCGUUCAACGUCAUCAACGCUCGCCGUGCGCUGGCGGUGUGCGUGGUCGCCGCGAUAUGGACGCCGGGCCGCGUCCAGUGUUCCGACGACAGCCUGCGAUCCGCGCUGGAAGCCAUUUCCGACAAAAUUGGAGCGACGCCGUCCCGGGUGGUUUACUUGGGCCCAGAUGAUGGCCAACCCGAAGACAUUGGCUACGGUUAUCAGAAGAAUUUAAGAAAUUUAGAAAAUAUAUUCGAACAAGGAGCGCCGUCAAAAAGCAAGGUAUCUAAAGAUGGAAUGGCUGAAAAAUUCCUCAGCUAUUUAUCUAGAGAAAAUCCGCAAUACAAUCAAAAACCUUGGAGUAAAAAAUCGAUUUUCCGUGAAAGAGAAGAUUCCGAUGUGCCGGAUAAUUUACAACAAUUAAAAUACGAUCGAUAUGCAAUGCCUUCUGCUUUCCGUGAACGAUACAAGACUGAUCCCAGAAUUGUGCAAGAUUACAAGAACAAUAUGGAAGAACAAGACAAUUAUUUGUAUGCGUUGAAUUCACUUAUAGACAAAUACAUCGAAGAAAACGUGCAAGGGAUGUCGGAUGAAGAACUGGAGAAUUUUCUCAAGUCCCGAGAAGACAAACGUAACAUACCAGAAGAAUACCAACAUUUAAACGAUCCUUAUAAAAGAUCGCACUCAAUGAAAAGGCAAUAUUUGUUUAUCCCGAGAUAUCAGGCGAGGAAGUACAACAAAAACCAAAUCAAAUGGACAAAACCGAGAUUAACGAAAAGGUCAAAAAAAAAUAUUUCGUUGAACGAAUCGCACACCGACCCAAAAGUAGCCGCAGAACUCAACAAUAUUUUUCUUGGAUCAGAAUCAGACUCGAAUGCCAAUGAAAACGCCACUGUAGUCAUAAACAAUAAUAAUGUUAAUAAAACAUUAACGUCGGGAGAGGAUAAUAUGGAGUCCAAAAUAGAAUUGAAGAAAAAGUCUAUUGAUUGGAGUAAUUAUUUUGGAUACGAUCGAAAAAAAAAAUCCAUUGAAAACAUUCCUUCUGACGACACUAUUUUAAAUCAAUACAUGCGUACCUAUGGUAAAGAAAUUGAAGUUCCAGAAAACAAUGUGAACAAUUUAAAGGACGAUACAUUAAUGUGGUUGGAAGAUACAUUGAUAAAUGAUGCAUUAAAAUAUACAGGAGCUAAUCAAGGAACUAAUGACCCAGAAGAAAUAAAUAAUGUAAAAAAUCAAGUAAUAGAAAAUUUGAACCAAGCCUACAACAUUGAAAAGCUCAGACAAGAAAAUAAUGAGAUACAAGAAAAGCAAUAUGAAAAAUCUGAUUUUGUUAUACCUACAGAAAAUAACAGUCAAUCAAUAAAUUCUUUAGAUACAGCAGACCUACAUAAAGAAACUGAUCACAAGGAAUGUACUCAACUUAUGCAAAUAACUCAAGACUGUUUGGAUCUGGGUGGCUCAGCAGGGGAUUUGAUGUUACCUGUCUGUACGCUUUAUCGUGUUUGCCGUACUUGUGAAUCUGAACGUUCGGAAUGUGAAGAAAAAUUUGUGCAAGGUUCUCAUGAAUUGUGCAGCAAAGCUCCAUUGUGUAGAUAUUUUUCACGACGUAUGUUACAACUUAUGCAGGAUCAUCCAUUACAUAUGGAAUGUCAUAAAUGCAUGGUUAACUUUUUACAGAAUGAAGAUUAAUAGAUGAAUCUAAUCUAACUAUUACAUUAAUUAAAAUUAACUAUAAAAGGAAA